ACUAGAGUUAUCCUUUGGGAAGAGUAAAGUGGGCGAGUGUUAUUGUUUGUCAUAUUGUGAGAAGGGGAUGUAGAUCUAUAUUCUAGAAUAUAGUAUCUCUAGAAUAGAUGUGUAGCUUUACGUUUGUAGAAACAUAAUAUACUGACUUAUUUAUGAUGAAGAACACAGAAAAAGGCAGCUGUUAGUUGUGACAGUCAUGAGUGGGGACGGUGUACACCAAAAUGAGCGUCAAGCCAUUCUGACCAGGCUCUUGGAUGCUGUAAAACAGUGUCAAGUGCGAUUUGGUGGGAGGUCCGAGCUUGCCACUGAUUCAGACAGCCGUGUAUCUUGCCUGUGUGCAGCAUGGGAAACUGCUCUACAGCAUGGAAUGAAGAAAAACAGCAAAGCCCUGUCAGCUUUCAAACAAAUGACGGAGAGGGCUGGAUUAACUAAAGUUACAGACCUCUUCUCAGAUAUUAAGCGUAUUGAAACAGACCCAGUGUUUUGGCAUUAUGCGAAGGAGCAUCUUACAAAGCAUGAGUUCCAAAGAUUCAAUAAACUGAAAUUAGUGAACACGGAUACAGGUAGAGGUAGAGCAUGGUUGCGAGCCUCUUUAAAUGAACAUUCCCUGGAACGUUACAUGCACAUGCUGAUCGAGAAUGAUGACUUGCUUUCACAACAAUACGAAGACUGGGCUUUCCUUCGAGACUUGGAAAGAAGCAGUAUGCUUCCGAACAUGGCAGCAGGUCUUGGCUCCAUCUUGUUUGCCAUCACAGUGGACAGGCCAGAGCUGAACAAAGGUUACACAGCUCAGAAUUCUAUACAUGUGCAGAACAGCAUAGACUCAGCAGAGACAACAGAAAAGGAAGAGGACCCAAAACCUGUCAUCUCAGGAGAAGUAUCACCUGUCUCAGCCAAAAGAAAGGAGAAAAAGAAGAAAAAGAAAGUGGCGAAUGUGGUGAGCUUUGACGAGGACGACACCGUGGGCACAGUGAUCACCAAGUCUGGCAGCACCAGCAGUGCCACUCAUCUUCCCGAGUCAGUGGCAAGGGAGUUGCAGCUCAAUGGGGAAACAAGAGAGAAUGGUGAAGGUACACAGGAGGACAACGUGUUUGUGACGGAGAAUGAGCCUCAAGAAGAAAGCCUCAGCAAAUCUUCAGAGACUGCUGCAGUAGAAUUAGCGGCACAAAGGGAGAAGACUACCCCUUCCCUGGUGAGGGAUGUCAGUCAAGUCAGCACAUCCUCCGUCAUGUCUGCCAGUUUAGAUCGACUUUCUAAGUCCAGUACAGGUUCCUUCAGUGACCUGGAUCAUGACAAUGGGACGUUCAUGGCCCCAGUUGGUGCUGAUGGCAUGGUGGUGGACACGGAGAUGGUGCCUUACAGCGGCGACUCCUCUGGUAUGUCCACGUCACAAGCUUCUUUCGACGCUGUUGAUUACCCUGGACACGGAGACAUGGAGAGUGCCAGCCUUGCCCUUGCCUUGGCCCAACAAAGCCUGUCAGACAGUGGUCGCACAGAUGGUGACGGCGGCAGUCCCCAGGAGCCAAGAGCAAAGAAACCCACGCAUGAUUCCAUGUCUGAGGGAGAACUCAAGCAGGCAGUUGUAGCUAUGAUGCUGAGAAAAGAUUCAGUUGAAGAACAAAACAGGAAACUUGAAGGUAUGCUCCAGCAUGAAAUGGAGACAUCGUCAACUCUCCGUGCAGAAAUUGAGGAGCUUAAGGUGCAGCAUGCCUCCAGGCAUGAGAAGGAGCAAGCAAAAAUUCAAGCCUUACAAAAGGAAAAUGAGCUUCUAAAACAUCAGCUGAAGAAAUAUGUAAAUGCUGUACAAAUGUUGAGAACUGAAGGGAUCAACAAAGAAGACUCACUGGGCAUCCAUCUAGAGGAGCCACAGCCGAGCCUGCCACCGCCAAAACCCAACAUUGACUACAGCCACGAAGCAGCAGAGUAUGAGAAGAAGCUCAUUCAGGUGGCAGAGAUGCAUGGAGAGCUAAUGGAGUUCAAUGAGCUGCUUCAUCGUCAGCUGAAUGGGAGAGAUAACGUCCUCAGGCAGUUACGAGAAGAAUUGGUUCUACUACGAGGGCCAGUCCAUGCUAACGCCUUCUGCUUGUCCCAACAGCUGCCUUAUGACAGGAAGAUGUCCGUUCAGACAGGCCAAGAAAUUGAGAAUAUGGGCCUUCAACAUACACUUAUAAAUAUAUGGAUCCCCUCUGCAUUUUUGAGGGGCUCUUCAAAUAAUACUCAUCAUGUUUACCAGGUCUAUAUACGCAUCCGUGAUGAAGAAUGGAAUGUGUACAGGAGAUACAAUCAAUUCUUGGAUAUGCAUCAACGACUAAGAAAGGUGUAUCCUAUCAUUGGAAAAUUUGAAUUCCCUCCUAAAAAAGCAAUAGGAAAGAAAGAUGCAAAAUUGGUGGAGAGUCGACGGCAGGUGUUCCAGACAUACCUCAGAAAUGUCAUCAAUGUGAUGAUGGAGAAAAACGACCAGCUGGCCUCUUCUUCUUGCAAAGAGAGAUUGGUCUCUUAUUUACCCUUUUUCAAUGACAAGGCAGAGGAAGGAUCCAAAAAAGGAAAGAAAGGCAAAAGAAGUUCUGUAGCCCCUACCACCAUCCCGGUAUCUGUUCCUGAAGGAGCUGCCAGUGGAAGCCGAAAUGAUGGAGAACAAGUGCCAGACCAGUACCAAGGUCUUUAAAGGAUAGGGAGAGGCUUGUUUGUCAGCAAUUUCUGUCUAGGAAAUGUUAUGCUUUGUAAAGGAAUUUCCCUCCAAUGGGAAUGUAUUUCCCAUGCGAUGCACAAGUCCAAUGGCAUGAUUAUUAUUAAUCAGUCUGUGUUUGUGGGAUUUCAGCGCAGUUUGAAAUGUUUCGUUUCAAUUUUCAUGCCUGGUAUUAUCCCAGAAAUGAGGAUCACAGACUAACUAUAUACAACUGACAGGUUAAAUUAAUGAUGAGAACUUAAUUAAUUUAUUUUUUAGCAAUAUCUCAGUAAGUAAAUACCGGAGACUGGUGAGGGGAUCACUUUUUAUGCGCAUGCCGCUUUUUCAGAAAUUUCUGGAAUACCUAAUCUAGGGUGUUCUAACUAGUGGUCUCCUUACAUGGCAUUUCAUGUCUCCUGGUUUGUAGGCGCCAUCACUGUGCCUUUUUGGGGUACAUUACAAUACUUUCUGGAAAUCUCGUUUGAAUUUGUUGGUUCCUGUCGUGGAUUUGUUACAGUACAGUGCUAUGCUACCCACAACACAUUGGCUGGAAGUGUCUUUGCUGUGCUUGCAGUUAAUGGGAAUUUUUCUCUUUGUUAAUGUAUGUGAAAUGGAAAUAUGGAACAUAGAUUUUAUCUAGGUAGGGACAAAAACAGCAGUUUUGACAAACAUUAAACAGGAAUAUUAAAUCAGAUGGUGAAAUGAGAAAUAAAAGGUCUUAUCAGAUGCGCAGAAACAUAGACUCAGACCUUUGGAAAUAAAUGAUUAUUAUUAAUUCUUUUUUUCUGUAAUGCUUUAUUGUGAUUUAAAGAGAUGAUGUAAGUUUAUUUAACCCCAUUCAAAUUUUAGUUUUGGUUCUAGAAACAAGGACAUUUUGGUUUUAUGCGGUUCUUUGUUAAAAGCAUUGAUUUUCUUAUUGAAAACCCACCUGCGACCCCUUGCAGAAAUUUUUGCCGAAGUCAAAAGUACGCAGUCUAAACACUCGAAUAGAUGAAUGCUCUGUUCUUGUUGUCAAGUCCUGUAAGUGGUUCAAAGGCUUGUAUUAUAAUUUUUGACUGAAGAUGCUUUUGCUCAGUUUUAUUUAUGUUCAUCUGCUUUAUUUCCCUUUUCUGUUCUGCAAACAACUUGGGAACCGAGUGACAAAGCAAAGUAAAAACUGAUUGGGAAGCUAUUGUUAAAAGGCUAUGGGUGAAUUAUAUGCCUCUUUAGAUAAUUUCAAGACCAGUCUGAGCAGCAGUCAUUAUUCACAUAUACUGAGAGCCGAAGAAUAAUCACGAGAAUUUAUUGAAACAAAAAAAUGGCACAAACUACCCAGCAUUCACUGUAAGUAAGGUUCAGAUUGAGGAAAUGGCUGUGACUAUUUUAUAGGAAUCUAUUGUUGAGAGACACGACAUGAAUUUUAUAACUGUGAAUCAUAAUUUUCAGAACAACUUGUUAUAUCAUUAAUUUGACAGUACUCAGCUUUCAGGGCUCCUCCUCUGUGCAUUUUUAAUGUGAUGUUUAAGUUUAAGAUCACGUAUGGGCUUAGACAGAACAGUUAGCCUACUGUAUUGUCCUUGUUAGAUAUUGUGAGUUUUGCCUUGUCUUUUUAGCUGUUUUGAAACAGCAAAAUAGUUGUCUUUUUGUUUUUUGUGUUCUUUUUGGUAAAUGCAAUAGGUUAAUAAUUUCAUUUGUAUUUUUUGUUGUAGUCCGUGAAGUGUUUUAGGUCUCUUGUUUGUAAAGCAAGAAAUAUUUCUUUCAAAAACUUAUUUUGUACUUUCAUAUGCUGUUAUCAAACCCAGUGCUUAAUCAAAGAUCAGCUUCUCUGGUACUGUUUCUUUUUUUCUUUUGUGUACAAUUAUUUCAUUCCUGCUAUUCCAUUCUCUAUUUUUCAUGUUCAUGUGUAAAAUGUGAUGAAGGUACAGUUUUGCUCUUCAAUGUGACUUGCUUUUUUUCAAAGAAAUUCUUUUUAGUCUCCUUUAUUUGUUGUCCUGCCUUUUGUUUUUUACUUCAUCUAUAUGUCAUGCAUUGUCGAUGUGAUGGUUUAUAGAUGGAUGGUUACUGAGGUUUUCUAAUGUCAUGCUGUGGCAGCAGGUGAUUGUGAUGGUGCAUUUGGAUUUGUUAUAAUUUGCUUUGUAUCGCACGGUAUUGUAUACUGAAUAUGUGUUUAAAAAAAGGCUGUACCAUGUGUAAAUAGGUUCUGCAAGGACAAGUAAAAAUACUCUUUUUUUUCUUUUGCUGAUUUCAGAUUUUGUUUCUCUACUUUUUAGAUGUGUAUGUGGUUGGAAGGAGCUCUUCAAAGUCCUAUUUAUCUGAUAUGUUUCAUGUUUUGAGUUUGUCUGAAUGCUUUUUGUUGACAUUUGCUUAUUUUGUAUGGAAACUAUGUGAAAAUGACAAUAUUUCUAUCUGUAUUAUAUUGAAAUAAGCUGUAAAUUUGUGAGUAUAAACAUUUGCUUAUUGGUCAAGAUCAAUUGUGUUACAAACAAUUUUAUUUAAAGGAAAAUAAUACACAGCAGAUUAACAAUACUAUGAGAUGGUUGGCGUUUUUAACGCUUUCAUUACCCUGGGGUUUCCCUCACCUGGACUAGUCCCAGUCUGUGACCUACUUUCUGAUUCUGCCUACUGCCAGACAAAUGAAAGAUUUUUUUGUUCAAUUUUCAAUAGUACCCACAUGUAUUAUUAUAUAUA